CCGCUGACUCUGCCUGGUUUCGGCGCAUUACUUAAGCUUUUCCCCAACCUUGAGACGCUCAAGUUCACAACCAACUUUUUCACUUAUGAGCAUCAAUUCCAGGGACUAACUAAGGACAUUUACGAGAAAGAGAUUGCCAUGAUCGGGCACAUGAUUCUUAGUGAGAUGACGGAUCGCUGGUCAGCCGAAGGUGCUGCUUCCUGCUGGAUCCAUGAUUGGUAUGCGCCUGUAACAGAGGAACAGCGUCUUCGAGCUGGUAUUAUG